UCCACUCUAUCCACUCCGCCAUGGACCGCCGAGACAGACAGACGCCCUCGCCUCAGAUGUACCGCUCUGGAGGGGAAAACCACAGGCCCCGGACCCCUUCGCCGUCGCCUACGAACACGCUCACGCCUUCGUACGGAUCGAGAGGGCAGUCAAGGGAUGUAAGCGUAGGACAGCCCUCGUCUGAGUCUUAUGAGGAAGCCAUCGAACUGAGAUCUCGCAAAGCUUCCGAAACCUCGACUUACAGCAAGAACACCCACCCUUCAGGAGACAGGACCCACGAGGGCUCCGGCGGCGGGAUGGCCGUGGAGAUCCUCAUCAACAUCCACGACGAAAGCUGCGGCUACAGGCGAGGAUCGAGCGCCGAUGACGACAAGGACGCGCAGCCGCUACCCGUGAACAACGGUCCCAUCCUGUCGCAGGGAGGCCAGCCCAACGGGAGGACGAAGGAGAAGCACCUCACGUUCUCCGAGUCCACCGAGCAGCUCCUGAGCGCCAAGACUUCCCCGAUCAAAGAAAAUGGGUCGGUGGAGACGGGGAAGGUGGCGAAGGGGGACGGUGGUAAAUCGGUCGUGUGCGUGAACGUAAACAAAAGCAGUUUAAAGGCGACUACUCCUCUGCAGGUGGACUCGGUUGUGGCGAAAAAAUCAGCUAAGGGCAAGGACCAAGAGACAAUGCUGUGAAAUGGAAAAAACACCACAACAGAUACGAUUCGCUUUCAUUUACGUAAAGGACAACGAUCACCUGUUGGGCGGAGGUCCCUAGUGCAAUAUUUUUUAUAAGCUGAGUGAGUAUGAAAUCGAUAAUAUUAAGAAUCAUAAGGAACAUUACAAAAAUCCGAUAAUCUUAUGUAGAAUUUCAGUAUUGACCUACUAAUUACGUAAUUUUUUUAUAUAUAAUUUCGAGUGUUCUUAUAUAAUUUGGUUCCCUUUGCCGUAUUUUCCUGGGUGAAGGGGUCCAUUUCAUAUUGUUGUGAUAUAUGAAAACCAAAGGCUAGUUUUUGAAAUAUAUAGCUUCCUCAGAUGAGAAAUAUUGCAUAACAGCAAUUCAUGUAAUCCGAAUGAAAAAAGUGAAAUAUAAGUAACAGAUAAGUGAACAUAAUUUUGGAUAGAACCAGCACUAAGGAUGAUCAAUAUAAGAAUUUCAUUAUUCACCCAGGAACUGCCUAAUUGUUCAAUUCAAUUUCGUAGGUUGUACUAUCAAUAUCAAUUUGUUCCUUAGUUCACUAAUAAGGCAGUGGAAGAGUCCGUCUCACGCUGUCAUGACUAUCUAGAACCGCAGA